GUGUGGGAAUGCCAGGGUUAAUCAUCGACAAGAAGAAUGAGCCGUUGAGCCUUGAGAGCAUUGAUUUCGUACUAAACAUCAACCUGCGAGGAACGCUGGAUCUGAUCCGGCAGACACUACCACACAUGACAACUGCACCUACUUCAGGCCCCGACGGCGCCCGCGGUGUCAUCAUCAUGAUUGCUUCCUCUGCUGCUUUUGACGGCCAAAUGGGUCAGGUUGCAUACGCAGCCUCCAAAGGAGCAGUUGCAUCUCUGACCCUCCCCCUCGCCCGCGAUCUCUCAAGGUACGGUAUCAGAGCCGUGACGAUAGCGCCCAGUAUGUUCGACAGCGCCAUGACGCGCAUGAUGAAGGAUACGGUCAGGAAGAGCCUGGAGAAUAGCAUGGAGUUCCCAAAGAGGCCAGGACAACCAGAAGAGUUUGCCAGAUUGGUGGUGGAAUGCAUUGGAAAUGACAUGUUGAAUGGAACGGUGCUGCGGUUGGACGGCGCAAUGAGGAUGCCGGCGAGACUAUAGUUUUGAUGUUCGAUUACUUUUUUUUGUUUGUUUCCAAUUCAACGCAGUGUCUUCAACGUUUGCGCUCGCGGACCUUGAACUUGACGCCGUUCUUGUUGACUCCUCCCACUGUGUUGUUCAUUUUUGCGCGCUGCAGUUCCAGCUCCUCUUCUGCCGCCAUCAGUUCGCCUUCUCGUUUCUUGAUCCCUUGCAGUUUCGAGGCUGUCCUUUCCAGCGCACGCUCCCUGUCUUUGCGGAACUUCCUCGCUUCUCGCCGCGCCUGCUC